AUGGGAUCCAAGAACAGUGAUCCGAGACAGAUCGACGGUGUAGGAGGAGCAACGUCUACUACUUCAAAAGUUGCCAUAGUCGCGUCUUCACAAAGACCUGGGAUCGACGUUGAAUAUACGUUUGCUCAGGUAGCGGUUGGCCGAGACCGGGUGGAUUAUAGCGGGAACUGUGGAAACAUCGCCUCUGGAGUCGGUCCAUUCGCCCUUCAAGAAGGCUUGGUCAGACCGGAACCCGGCCAGAGACAGAUGGACAUUCGAAUUUUCAACACCAACACUUCUCGGACGUUGGUUGAAACGGUCGAGGUCGAUGAAGAAGGAGGAUUUGAAGAGGACGGAGAUUAUGAAAUCGCUGGUGUGAAAGGAAGCGGCAGUCAAAUCGAGGUAGCUUUCAUGAACCCAGCAGGCAGCAUGACUGGCAGGUUGUUCCCAACCGGGAACCGAGAGGACAUAAUCAUCGUCAAUUACCCGCAAGGAGGUGGAGGACCAUUCAGCGUUCGAGCCAGCCUUGUUGAUGCUGCCAACCCCUUCAUCUUCGUGGAUGCUUCAACAAUGCCAUUGCUCUCCACGGCUUUGGAGCUGAGGUCGCUACAGUUUCUCGCUAUCAUAGAAGAUAUCCGCCGGGCCGGCGCCGUCCUCUUUGGGCUCGCUAGCAGCACAGACGCAGCGGCUGAUGUCCGUGGAACUCCCAAGAUCGCCCUUGUGUCCCGUCCCACAGCAUUCCCUAGUAAUACGUGCUGCGACCGGGCUCCCGACAUCCACAUAAUAGCAUUCAGCAUGGGUCUACCACAUCCUAGCCUUCAGUUGACCGGGGCGGUCUGUCUCGGAGCAGCCAUAUCUAUGGAAGGGACUGUUCCAUAUCGAAUAGCCGCCUCACACCUAACGCUCCCGCCAACACCAGAGCCGACGCCUUCUCCGCCCGACUUAGGACAUUAUACACCAUCAAAAUACGACAAGGGGUUGUGGAAGAAGGAAAUCUGCAUUGAGCACAAUCUGCUCGCUCUCGCCGGUAACCCGGGCGUCCAGCGAUUCGGCUGUGUUAGGACCUCGGGCGGGGGCACCUACCUCCUAGAGUGCUACCACAAGAUCCCGCGGGCGCGGCUCAAGGCCGCCGGAGUGGUCGCAGAUAUUCUUAUUGCCGCGGGGCUUGGCUGGGCACUCGGGAAAGCGGCGCGCGACACAAAGCGCCCCGAAGCAUACGCGGCGGCUGUCGCGAAGAGCUUUGAGUUGCGAUCGGAGGCGGAUAGGAUAGUGUGGCGCGCGGACAAAGGCGGGCUCCAUGAGAUCCUGUUGGAGAGUAUAAGGGAGGCGGUGCAAGAGAGGUCACAGGGCCCGGCGUACGAGACGAAACUGUACAGGAGCGAUUAA